GCAGGUUGCUGUCAUCGCUCACGUAGUCCAGACGCUGCGCUUCCUCCAUCUGCGUGAUAUUCCUAAGGAAAUCUGCAAACUAUGGACUAGAACUAGCUAGAGCUGGCGAAUAUGAGAUAAAACGGAAUAUCAAGAGAAAGCAGAAUAAUGUAGGAAAUUAGAUAUGGCUCAAUUUGCAAAUUACUUAGUUUACAUAAAUGGGAACGUUACAUGCUUCCUUCGGGAUCACUACUAGUCCCCAAUGGAAAAAUACAACCUACGUUGUCUUCAUUUCCGCGGGGACUACAUGGCGAAAAUAAUUAAAGAUGGAGAAACUGCCUCGGGGGCCAAAGAUUUUUAACGCUUCAUUAUUAUGUUCAUCUGUUUUACCUUCUAUAGUUAUUAUGACAUGUACUUUAACCAACGGGCGUUCAAGAAAUCGCUGUUAAGGAGCAAGUGGUUGAAAAAGUUAACUCCGUGGAGAUGUAUGUCCGGCGCUUUUCGCGUGCUGGGUAUCGAUUAAUGUGUUAGGGUCACUUAAGACUUAGAUAUGGGUCAGGACCUCUUGUAAACAGGUUGGUUCAGUCCAGAUUAUUGUAGGAGGACACCAUUUUCUACAGGAGUGACUGUGGAGUGCAGCGUGGAAGAUUCCAUCAUCCUGAAGUCCCAUAUCAUCUUCAAAUACCAUCUGAAGUGUCAGUGAGAGAAGGACAACCAAGCCUGCGACUCUCAUACUGGUUGGUGACGUCCUAAACAAUCUCAAUAAGGAAAUAUCAGACUCCAGGUUCCACAAAGAAACGAAAUGGCGACAACAACAACAACUGAUAACCGAGAAAUGACGGAAGGCUCCAGCUUUUCAAAGACAGCAGUUAAUCUGAAAUCUGCUGCCAGUCUGGUGUUGGCUGUAUCUUCUGCGUUCCUGAGCGCCCUCGCAGCACAUUUCAUGGCCUUGGGUAGUCAGGCAGGCGUGCCCGGGCUGCAGCUGAUAUUCCUCGCCAAACUUGCUCAGCUCCUCUGCGUUCUCGUGGUCCUGCCGUACUUCAGACCGAAGCUGACAGCUGAAGACACACUGCAAUGGAUGAUCUUGUUCCUGUCAGCUGUCAUUAGCAACUUGGGAACCAUCUUGGCAUUCAUGUCCUUCGUGUACGUCGCGCCUGGACUCGCUGUCGGCGUCAUCCAAGGACUGAUUCCACUCUCCACCUGCUGUGUUGGAUACAUUUUCCUGAAAGAACGUGUGGGUGUCAUAGAAACAGGUGGCAUCCUUUGCAGUGCAAUUGGAGUUGUCCUCGUCGCGGUGGGAAUGGCCAUGGAAGCCACUACAUCGACACAUGUAAAGCAGCUUUCAUUCGCCAUUCUUCUGCCACUUGCUGCAGCUCUCUCCAAGGGCCCAAAAAGCGUUAUUGCCCGGCUGCUUAUCGGUGUCCAGGGAGUGUCUGUACUGACCGUCGCGUUGUAUGCAAGGGUUUUAGGAACAGUCUUGCUGCUACCAGGGACGUACAUAUUUGAGACACCUCGGUGGACAAUGUCGCCACGAACGAUAGGCCAUGUUAUCGGACUAUGUCUAUGCGACACGUUCUCAUCAUUGUCCAUAAAAUUUAUACUUAAGCUGGAAAAAGCUGGCGUAACGGCGGUUCUAAUGACACUCGUUAUACCCUUUGCCGUGCUGCUGGACUACCUUUUCCAGUCGCAUGUGCACGGAUACAUGGAACUCGGCGGUAUCACACUUGUAAUGACUGGCACCGCUGUGGUGGGAGGGCACUCGUGGUGGGGGCACCGUCAGGAGAUUUGCCGUAAUAAUCUCUUAAAGAAGUUGAACUUCGAUGUCAAAUGAACGCAACUUUUGAUACAUGUCGCAAGGUGAUAAAACAUCAAUUAAGCAAAACAAAACAAGUGUCGGUAGGAAGGCAUUACUCGUUUUUUCUCAUUUUUUGUUUUAUUUUCAGACGUAUGCCAAACUCCAGUGAUACAGUACAAAACUGAAUUGAGGACACUUACAUUUUCAAUGUCAAACUUCAUAUUUUUGCAUAAUGUUUACAAAUCUUUGGACGUAUUUAUCCUUCAUUAUACGUACCAGAUUCCUUUACUUGAAAAGGAAUCAAGCUGAAUAAAAACUCUAACUGGAAAUUAUGUGACUCCGCUGCCCACCCGAAACAAAGGCUUAGGUCGGCAGGUGUU